CCCAAGUUAAUACUCCACGCGAUCUCCCCCGAAGUCGGUCCGAAGAUAUUGCCGAUUUGCUCGAGAUAGUCACCCGGUUCAUUAGGGGAAUUGGAUUUGGAAUUGAAAUUGAAAGUGCUUUUAUUGUCUUCGACAGUCGAUAUUCAGCUGGGUGUUGCCAGCGAAGGCCUUUUGCGAUUGCAUUCAGGGCUUAAUCGAUUCGAAAUAGCUGGCCCCACAAAAGCCAAUCAGCGGAUACCAGCCAACAUGAAAGUGAUGCAACGCGUGCUCUUUGUCAGCUGCCUGUUAGUGGGAGUGGGAAUGGUGAGGUCGCAGGACUACCAGGAUUACCAGGAGAACACACCAAGGACAGCUCCACUCCGCCUGCGAGCAAAUGCGGCUCCUGCCCGCGCCGAAGCGCCACGUGCUGAUCCUGUGGCCAUUCUCAAGCAGAUUAACAAGCACAACGAAGAUGGCUCCUACACUUAUGGCUACGAAGGUGCCGAUGGCUCCUUCAAAAUCGAAACCAAGUUAGCCACCGGCGAAGUCAAGGGCAAAUACGGAUAUGUGGACGAGACUGGAAAGGUGCGUGUGGUGGAGUACGGAGCCAAUAAGUACGGUUUCCAGCCCUCCGGAGAGGGCAUCACUGUGGCACCACCCACUUUGGUGGACGAGACUGCUAAGGAGGAACCAGAUUACGCGGAUGAGCCCGUACCGCAGCGACCACAGAAACCCUUCCGUGUUCAGCGUCCUCAGCCCCGCCCACAGCCACGCCCACAACCGCAACCACAGCCGCAGUAUGUGCAGUACGAGGAGGAGGAGGAGCCACCGCGUCGGGUUCAGUAUGCACCACCGCCGCAGCCACAACCACAACAUCUUCCCCAGCCGCACCACCAACCUUCGGUGGGUCCAGCGCCUCCUAGGAUCCAAGUUCCCGGUGCCCAGCGCACCACCGAUGUGCUGUACUCCCCGCUGCAGCGUCCCGCUCGCCCGGAACCGGAUUACUCGCAGUCGCAGAGCUUCGGCGAAGGACCCUCGAAUGUGCGGAUCUCCCGGCCCGUUUACGCCCUGCCCCCCGCAUCCCCUGCUCCAAGCAGCGCUCGAGCUCAGGGAUUCCUGGCUCCCGCCUCCGGAGGACGACCGCUGCUGGAACCCGUUGGCUUUGGGGGCCAGUCCCAGGGACCUAUCGCUCGUCCCGUGCAACAGCAGCCGAGCUACCAGCCACAGCCGCAACCCCAGGCCCGCAGUGGCGGAGGAGGUGGCUCCGGACUGCUAGAUCAGCUGGCCCGGGAUUACGCCCUGCCCCAGGGAAAUGCCCAACCACUGCACGACAUCACCUUCGGCUACUACUGAGCACGUCGGAUGGAGGGUGGUUGCAGUAACCCUUGUUUCUCCUAAAGUAUCCAGAGAUUCCUUGCUUCCAGGUCCUAAUCGCACAGGUGUGCCUGUCCCCGAGAUUUUCUAAGCGAUAAUAAAAACUCCCAUUAAUAAAUUAAAAUAUUUUCUGUGCCUUAAGUUUUCCAUGCUUGAACUUGGAUCUGCAAAAUGUAUGAUUUGGAUUUCUGUUCAUAAGCUAUUUUUUAACGAGUUUGUAGUCAAUUUUGUUACCAACUUUUAGGCUUGUACUAAAAUGAGGCAUGAACAUAAAGCAAAACAAAAUUUAAUUAAACAAAUUUGAUAUCACCUCACUGAUA